AACAUACCGGGUUUAGUUACAAUAGCUUAGCAGCUACAACAACAGCACCAAAACUCUGGUUUUAUUAUGUUUUCUGUUUGCGUGUUGUCGUAUCGUCAUUAAAGAUGUCGCGCCGGGAACCUUUCGCCUCUCCACGGUUUGAAAACGGCUUCACCCUCAGCGGCUUCAGACCGCAGCAGAGAAAAACAUACAAUAAACCAACACACAUCGCCCAGACAGAGGAACCCUGGAGUCACCUCCAUGAUGCAGCCACUUUGGCCAGCACCCGACGGAGCGUGAUGCAUUAUGAGCACCAGGCUCCAAAUGACAGCCUCGACUUCCAUCUUAAGUCGGUCCACGAUCAAAGCAAGGACUUCCUCAGGAAUAAGAGCCAGAUUUUAUACCAGAAAGAGACUGUCCAGGACCACAGGAAACAGGAAAAAAUAAAUCAGGACAUGCUAGAAAAGGAACAAGAGAAAGAAAUCAGAGUGUGGGUUGACCCACAGAGGCGCUCCAUCUACAGCAUCAAGUGAGGCAUCUGGCUUUGUCUGGAGCAAAGUGUGUCCCAAAUACCAAUACAAUGCUCUACUUUUCCUCCACAAGCAUUUUCAAACAAGGGCAUCAGCAGGGAGAACGAUGGCAGCUUCUAUUCUACAUGAAGCUUCCACUACCACUGUCUCCAACCGCUGCCAACAUCAACAAAUAAAGAAGUUCUUUCAGUA